CAUGUCUUGCUUACAACACUCUUGCUAAUAUAUCCCAGAAUUAUUUUUGCCUUUUUUGCAUCAGUAUUUCUUUGUUAACUCGUAUUUAAUUUGUGAUCCACUAUAGUCGCCAGAUCCUUUCUCUCCUCCUCUCCCCCCCGCCCAGUAAUUCUUCCUAGGCAGUCGUAUGCCAUUUUGUAUUUGUGGAUUGAUAGGUGGGUGAUGGCUGGAGGUUAGUAGGCACACUGUGGGAUUCAAGUGAAGGGUCAAUUUAACACCAAAUGCAUACAAAUAAUGAUGUGUAAGGGUGGAGCUGGGGAAUCACCUGAAAUAGGGGGACAAAGAUAGAACAGAAAAGGAAGGUGAUAGGGCAACCCAGGGGCAAAUCACAUACUGUAUGCAAGAGAACGAGUAGAUGAUGGGUAUUAUGGGAAAGGUCAGUGAGUUGAGAGGGUGUUGAUUUUGUAGUUAUCUGUUGGAAAGUAUAGUGUCAACCAAGACUGUCCCCCCCCCCACCUGAAUUUUCACUAGGGCUAAUCUAAACUCCUGGUUUGUGUGUAGACACCGAAAGAAUUAUUCAGUGUAAAAGUACAUGACACUGCUGAAUCCAGAUGCUAGGGAAUAAAAAGGCAACUAUCCAGUCCAAAAUGUCUUUCACUUUAGGAGGUGGAAAUUGGGAAAAACAUUAGGUGUUGUAGUUCUUGAUAGUCUACGCAUCAGUCUUUCUGUAUUGGGGGGCUCAUAUAUUUAGAUGAAUAUGGCCAUGUGCAUCUGGAGUGCAUAUCUGAGCUCAUAUUGCUCUCGUAUUGUAGUUAGAGGGAUUUGUUGCAGUACUGUAUAGGUAGAAUUAUUAGGGCAUAACUUUUUUCUUUAUUUUUUUUCUCUGCUGGAAUAAAUAUAUAUUCUGUAUACUGAGAAAGAUUGCAUGUGUUUUGGUUUAUUAUUUUGUGAUUGUUCUGGAUAAUGACCUUGGGUGAAAUUCUGGCCCCACUUAAGUUACCCACUUGUUUCCCAGGCCAUGACUAAUGAAGAGUUGAAGAGAUUUAAUAUUUCAUUAGAAAGAUAGUAACAAAGUUGGAGGUUACCCAAGAGUGUGGAAGAUCCUGGAGAGCUUCACAAUAAUGCAGGGAGGGUUGUGAUUGGAGUUGAGAACGAGAUGAGCCAAUCAUGAAGGACUAUGACCAUGGUAUACUUACAUCCACAAUAAGCCAUAUAUAUGCCCUGUGUAUGACACCAUAUGAUGGAGGUGGUCUGGGAGUCGAAUAAUGACACUUAUGACACAGGUGAGGAGCAUUCAGAUGACUCCAGUCAUUCCUCUGAGCAGGUGGGUCGCAAAUCUAGCCUCCAGCUGAAGGUAGACUUAGACUACUCUCAACCAUGCAGUCCUGGUUGUAGCCCUGCUGGACCUUCAGGUAGGCAAGAACUCCCUGUAGAAUUGCAGUGUGAAGAUGAGGAAACCUAUGAGACCUACUACCAGAAGCGAGGCGAGACUACAGCUGGGGUCUUUGUCACCUCCAACACCAAUUUUGACCUGCAAUGUGAAAAUGAGGAUCUGGAGUUCUACUCCUCUGAGGAACCUCAGGGAGGGUUAAGUGAGGAUGAUGAAAAGAUCAUUCUUGUUGAUGCUUUUGAUGAGGAGGACCUGGAGCCCAUCACUGGAGAAGCUUUGUCUUAUAGGUGCAAGAAGUGUGGUCUCUCUUUUCAGGAUCUGGGUGAAUUACAAGAACACAACCAGAUCCACCUGACAGAGAAUUCAUACCGAUGCCCCAUCUGCGGCAAAGAGUUCUUCCAUGCUGCAAACUUGCGAAUGCACAAGCUCAUUCAUUCUAGUGACAGGCCACACAAGUGUCUGGAGUGUGACAAGGGGUUCAUCCGUACAGCUGAUGUUUGGAGGCACCUACGCAAUGUGCACAAGAUUGAGCGUUCCAAGGGAGUUUUGGGAAAUGGUAUGGUUAGCAACCGGGGGUCAACAUUACACCAAAACAAGCAUGGCCAUGGGGACUCUGACCAGCAGUGUUCAGAAAAUAAAAAGCCCGCGGGAGAAGAGUUUAAACCUUACAUCUGUCCAGUGUGUGGCAAAGGUUUCUGUAAACCUAAUCUGCUGUCCAGACACAAGGUGAUCCAUCGACAGGAUAAACCACAUAAAUGUCAAGAAUGUGGGAAGUCCUUUGUUGAGCGGCUCAAGUUGAAAAGGCACCAGCAGAUUCACUCUGGAGAGCGCCCUUUCUACUGUGAGGAAUGUGGAAGGACUUUUACACAGCUGGUAACACUACAGUGCCAUCAGCGGAUCCAUACUGGAGAAAAACCCUAUUCUUGUGCUUUCUGUGGUCGUCGCUUCACAGUGUCUGCCACUCUAAGGAAGCAUGAGCGCACACAUAAAGUGGACAAAUCAUAGUAUUUAGGGCUCCAUGGUUGUGGUCACCGUUGUUUCCUGUUACCUGAAUGAGAUCUGCUCAAGACUGCUAGAGAAACUACCCCAACCUACACACAGGUCAGUCCACAGCCCCCUUCUCCAACGAUGGCCAGCAUAACUCUAAUAAGAAAAUAUUGCCUCAUGAGGAACUCCAUGAUCUCCACAAGUAGUCUGUGUUAACCAGCCUUGCACCUGUUCCCUGGAGUUACAAGAGGAGAACGCUGACCUCAUUAUUUAAUGAAAAUUGAGCUAAGUCAAAGGAUAUACAUCUCUACCUCGAUAUAACGCUGUCCUCAGGAGCCAAAAAAUCUUACCGCGUUAUAGGUGAAACUGCAUUAUAUUGAACUUGCUUUGAUUCACCGGAGUGUGCAGCCGCGCCCCCCUGGAGCACUGCUUUACCGCGUUAUAUCCGAAUUCGUGUUAUAUCGGGUCGCGUAUAUCGAGGUAGCGGUGUAUGUGGAAGUGGAGUUCCUGGAAAGUACUGGGCAUUGUCAUAACUAGCUGGACUUUUCUGCGGGUGCAUCAAGUUGAGCUUUUCUCUAGGACUGAUGGGUUAAAUGGAGCCCUUCUGCAGUCCCAGACUCUGAACUGAUUGUGACUGCUCUCCAGCACUUGAUUUGGAGAUGUCAUUUUUUGCCUAUGCUAGGACUGCACAGACCAUUUAAUCAGAGCUGGCCCACCCAUACCUUCUCUCUGUUCAUUCUGUCAUGUUUUCUAAUGAAGUAUCUUUAUUUUGAAGAGAGGGAUCAUGUUGGUUGUAAAAAUCCAGGACUUUAAUAAACUAGAUAAUUAAU